GGCGGAAAGCCAAAUGAGUGACGAGUUGCGGAGGGUUGGUGCGGUGGCAUCACAUAUGGCCACACGUCUGGCAAACCCCUUUGACAGCGACCGGACGGGGCCUGGAGUGGAGGCCACACCAGCUGUAGCAGCACUGCUGGCUUCGUCGCAGCCGGGACGAAGCACUGAUGCAGAUGAUGCCGACAUGCAGUGUGACGACUUGUGGCAAUGGGAGUUGCCACACACCCAAGAUGAAGUGGCCAUGGACGAUCCAGCGCCACAAAGUGGUGAAGCUGCUCGGCCAGUUAGCCAUCAAACAACUCAGCCAGCAUCACCCCCAGCUGCAGCUGCGCCAAGUGAAGUUCUGCCAGCUGCUGUGGCACCGGUGCCACCAGCCCGCCGUGAAAGGCGAUUAAAUGCUAGCCGGCCGUCCAGUUCGAGGGAUGACGCCGUGACGAGCGAGCUCGUUGCUCGGCUUGCUGCCAUCUCAAAAGAUGCGCAACAAAAGAGCAAAGAGCACUUUCUUCGCAUGAAGGUUCAUUGA